GCUCGCACUUGGUUGGCUGAUUUUCAACAAGAGUUAACCAGAUUGAAACAAGUUGGAGAUGAGCUUAAGAGGAACCUCACUAUUUUUGAGGCGAGUUUUGUCGACUCUGAAGAGCUGGAUAAGAUUGAGAGGGAAUUCACAGCGAUUCAACUUGUUUGGGAACUGACCAACAAAUGGGACGAGUCAUGGGAGCGGUACAAAACGGUCAACUUCUGGACAAUAGAAACUGAUGAAAUGGAAUCAGUCGCAACAAAGUUAUUCAAAAAAUUCACCCGAUUGUCAAAAGAACUCCAGGUCAAAAACUGGCCAAUAAUUGAAUCAACGAGAUCAAGGAUAGACGAAUUUCGUCGGACAUUACCGCUAAUAAUCGCUCUAAAAAACCCUGCAAUGCGUGAGCGACACUGGGACAAAGUGAAAUUGAUCAUUGGACAGGACUUUGACGAGUCGUCCGAGGAAUUUACACUCUCUUUGAUAAUGAAACUAGGAUUUCAAAAUUAUUCGGAUGAAAUUUCGGAUAUUUCGACCACCGCUUCCAUGGAAUUAAACAUCGAACAAGGCUUAAGAAGCAUCGCUGCAGCAUGGUCGACCCUAAAACUGGAAAUGACACUUAACAAAGAAACUGGAAUUUAUCGAUUACAAUCAGUGGACGAGAUCUUGCAGACUUUAGAGGAUCACCAAGUCCAGUUGUCAGCAAUGAAGUCAACGAGGUGUAGUAAAGCUCUAAACCUUCUUCUUCUUAAAUCGAUCACGGGAAUAGAAGCUGUAAUCUCGAAGCCUCUGUUUUCUAAUUCGUUAUCUUUUUUGGUCCCUCUGUACCAGGUUCGUCGAGCCCUUCGUAAACGACGUAGACCAAUGGGAAGGGACUUUGUCAAGGAUUGCCGAUUUACU